GAUACUUUAAACCGUAUAACACCUUGAAGUGAAGCUCUGAAGAAGGAUUUUUACACACGUGACUUUAAAAAUGGCAUCUAAAUCUUUUUCUGAGGAGGAUUUCUCUUGUCCUGUCUGCAAGGAAAUUUUUAAGCGUCCUGUUUUGCUGUCAUGUACUCACAGUGUCUGUGAAGAAUGUAUUCAGAAAUCCUGGGAAACCAAAGGACCUAAACUAUGUCCAGUCUGCAGAAGAAAAUCUUCAAAAGAUUUUCCACCAUUAAAUUUAGUUUUGAAGAACCUGUGCGAGACCUUCUCAGAGGAGAGAAGUCAGAGAUCUUCAUCAGUCUGUACUAUUCAUAAUGAGAAACUCAAACUUUUCUGUCUGAACGACCAACAGCCAGUGUGUGUGGUGUGUCGAGACUCUAAAACCCACACAAACCACAAAUUCUGUCCCGUAAAUGAAGCGGUCAAAGAUAAUAAGGAGAAAAUCCAAACUGCAUUAAAACCCUUACAGGAGAAACUGGAAAUAUUUGAAAAGUAUAAACAGAAUAUGGAUCAAAUUGCAGAAUAUAUAAAGAUUCAGGCUGAAUGCACACAGACGCAGAUUCAUGAAGAGUUUGAGAAACUUCACCAGAUUCUGCAUGAUGAAGAAGCAGCUAGAAUAAGUGCACUGAGAGAGGAAGAGGAGCGAAAGAGCCUGGUGAUGAAUGAAAAGAUUGAGAAGAUAAACAAUGAGAUUUCAUCUCUUUCACACACAAUCAGGGUCAUAGAAGAGGAGAUGAAAGCUGAAGAUUUUUCAUUCCUACAGAACUGUAGGAGCACACUAAAUAGAGCCAGGUGGAGACCGGCGGUACCAGAGAACCUCUCGGGAAUGUUGAUCAAUGUAGCAAAACAUCUGAGCAACCUGAACUUUACUGUAAUAAAGAAAUUACAGAAGAAUGUUAAAUACAGUGAGUUUAGAAUACAACAGUUACUUCAGCUUUACUGUAAUAAUGAUAAUUUGUCUUGUUUUAUAAGUCUCUCCCUCUCUCUCUUUUCAGCUCCAGUUACUUUGGAUCCCAACACUGCUCAUUGUAAUCUCAUCCUCUCUGAUGAGCUGAACACUUUGAGAUACAGUGCAGAUACAAUGCUGCUUCCCGAUAUUCCGGAGAGAUUUGAUGUGUCAAAGUGUGUUCUUGGAUCCGAGAGCUUUAACUCAGGGAUUCAUUGCUGGGAAGUUCAGGUUGGAGAAAACACACACUGGGCUCUGGGUGUGAUGACCGAAUCUGCCCAGAGGAAAAAGAGUAUGUUAUCCAGUAGUGAAGUCUGGUAUAUUGCGUAUGUCUCUGGUGAAUACCAUGCAGUCAACACACCAUGGAAAACCGUUCUUCCUCUUUCAGUAAAACUCCAGCGCAUCAGAGUUCUGCUGAAUUGUGAAAGAGGAGAACUAUCAUUCUUUAAUUCCCUCACUAACACACACAUACACACUUUUAAUCAGACGUUUACUGAGAGAGUUUAUCCGUUGUUUUGUGUUGGCCGUAACAUUUCUCCUCUGGAGAUCUUAUCGAUAAAAGUACCCUUAUGACAAGCACUCCACAAUUCAUUUAGAAAUUAAAGCGGACAUUUCAGAAGACUUUUUUAAGAUGUCAAAUAAGUCUUUGGUGUCCCCAGAGUAAAUAUGUGAAGUUUUAGCUCAAAAUACCAUAUAGAUCAUUUAUUAUAACAUGUUAAAAUUGCCACUUUGUAGUUGUGAGCAAAAAUGUGCCGUUUUUGAGUGUCCUUUUAAAUGCAAAUGAACUGAUCUCUGCACUAAAUGGGAAUCCCGUGGUU